UUCAGCUUAUUAGGACGCAAAAAGAAAUCAAGUGAUUUGUAUUCACCCAUUAGAGGAGGAAGAGCACCCAGUUCAAGCUUAACAAGAGGAAUUUGGCACGGCCGAAGACCACACUUCCUGUCAGCAGUGAUAGGGUUACUGUCUGCUUUACUAUAAUCAACAGAUAAUGCAAUAAGAAAUUGAUUUACAUUUCCUCCCUGUUUGGAAUGAAAUUAUAUAGUCCACAGGGAGAUAUCACCACCAACAGAACAGACUCCCAGAGGGAAAGGCAGCAGCUGAGGACAAAGUUUAGCUUGGUAUAUCAAACUCCCGGCACCUGCUGGAUCGAGCAUUGCUGAAGCCCAAGAGUUUUCUCUUCCAAGAUCGGGGUUCUCAACCUGUGGGCCGCAGGCCAGCAGUUGGCUGCAAGAACGAAAAUCCGGUUCCCUUUCUUGCUACAAUCAAAGGAGAGGCAGAAUUGAAAAGAAUCAACCCAAGAGAUGGACCUGUCUCAUAAAUUCACUAGGAAAGAGCUCACCCUGCUGUAUGAAGAAGUCCUUUACACCAUUCUUCACCGUUUGGGCAAACCAGAUCCAAACCAUGUGGCUGAUCCAGAUGAACUGUAUGCAUAUGUGCAGAAGGUUUUUGGCAUGGACCCAGAUGAACACCGCAUAAUUCUUCAGAGAGUCAAAGAACUAGAGAAACCAAUGUUUUGUCUCAAAGCAACUGUCAAACAAGCCAGAGGUAUUCUGGGUAAAGAUGCCAGCGGACUGAGUGACCCCUACUGCCUCCUGGGGUUAGAAACGAAAAAGCGGGACUCUUCCAGCAAUGGCAAUCAAGGGAACAAGAAGCGGGCAAAGGCGGUGGUGAAGAACCUGAUCCCUGAAGACCAGACCCAUCGCACCCAAAUCAUCAGUCAGACAUUAAACCCGGUUUGGGAUGAAACUUUUAUCCUGGAGUUUGAAGAUAUAGCAAAUGCCAGAUUUCAUCUGGACAUGUGGGAUUCUGAUGAAGUUGAAACUGUACGCCAGAAACUGGGAGAAGUAACAGACCUUCAUGGCCUGAAGAGGAUUUUUAAGGAGGCUCGAAAGGAUAAAGGGCAGGAUGACUUCCUAGGGAAUGUGGUUCUCCAUCUGCAGGACUUGCAUUGCAGGGAUGACCGCUGGUACAAGCUGGAACCUCGUACAGAAACCUAUCCCAACCGAGGACACUGCCACCUACAAUUCCUUUUAAUUCAUAAGAAGAGGGCCACCAGUGCCAGCAAGAUGCAGCCAAACUACAUCGUCCAUCGGCACCUUCUACAGCAGAUGGUUUCUUAUGAGAUUCUUCAGCAUCAGGCUGGCAGCACUUCCUGGGAUGGAGAGCUGAGCAAACAUGCUAACACAAUCUUGCACCUGCAUGCUACUCAGAAAGACCUUUCAGAUUUUCACCAGGACAUGGCACACUGGCUGGCUUAUAGCAAGCUAUACCAGAUCUUAGAGUUCAACAGCAACUGCCUGCUCCACUACAUCACCAGCAUAGAGUAUCAAUGGGUCGAAGGACGAUUAAGACCUGUACAGCAAACAGAGCUGACUGACUCCUUCCAGUCCUUUCUGGCCUAUGGACUUUCUGUCCUCCGGAGGUAUAGGAUUGUCUUCCCAUUCUCUGCUCCCAAGUCUAAAGAGAGGCUACAGUCUUUGCUCAGGGUCUUGGUCCAGAUGUGUAAAAUGAAAGCCUUCAGAGAAUUCAUGCAAACCUCUGACCUUCAGCAAAUGGUGAAAGAGUCUCUCAAGGCUGGAACAGAAGAGUGGUUUCAGAUGAAGAAGCAACACCUGAAGCCGAUGGUAAAGACUACAGAGGAAUGUGGCAAGGCCUUGGUUGAUCUUCUUGCGGAGGUGAAUGCAGAUCUCCAGCAGUGCCUCAAAAUGUGGAAUAAAUGUUUCAUCAGUACCAUGAGAGUGGAUCUCUUCUCAAUUGCGUAUCUUGAAAUGCAGGAGCUGGUUUCUUUUUAUGUCCAGAAGCAACUGAGUGAGAUUGACAGCGGCGUGUCCCAGCUCACAGCAGAGAGCCUUUUCCAGCUCUAUCUCAGCCUGCAGGAACUCUACCGUUUGAAGGACUUUGUGAGCAACAGAGAAAGUCCUCUUGAACUGGCAAAUUUCCACCAGUGGUUUAAGGAGCUCAUCCCCAAAUGGCUGCAGAAGGCAUACACAAUAGCCCUCGAAAGGACUCAGAGGGCUGUCCAAGUAGACCAGCUUAUGCCAUUGGGGGAGAUGAAUAAGCACAGUACAUCCACUGUGGACUUAUCCACAUGUUAUGCUCAGAUGGUGAAGACCUGGCAGCAGCUGGACUGGCCAGAUCCUGAAGAGGCCUUUAUGAUCAUGGUGAAAUUUGUUGAGGACAUGUGUAAAAUUGCUCUGAUGUACUGCCGGUUGCUCAAACAAAGGGCUGAAGAAUUGUCAUCAAACCAACGUGAGGAGGGAGAAGCAGCCAACAAGCUUUGUGUUGUGGUGAACGACAUUGAGCAGCUCCGCAUAAUGAUUCUGAAGUUGCCUUCUCAAUUGGACUGGUCACGUCUGGAGCAGAAGACCAGGGAAGUUAUUGCCCCGGAGCAAUUCCAGAACACUCUUCACCACCAGCUUCAGGCUACGGUCACCUGCCUCAACAAUGAGAUCCGAAGUGUGGUCCAGACUCUGGGAACAAAACUGGAUGCUGGAAUUGCCAGGCACAUCCAGGAAUUGUCAGCCUCCAGUGACUCCAAGGACCCAGAGGAUAGCAUCAUUCCUUUAAUGAAAUUCUUGGAAUGUGAGCUCCAAUAUCUAAAUGUAAACCUGGUCCAAGAGAAUUUUAACAGUCUCCUGGGGAUGCUGUGGAAUCACACCCUGGAACUGCUGAAAGGGGCUGCAAAACAGAAAACUAGCAACUUGAGAUACUUCAGGAAAUUGCAGUUUGCCCUCCAGAGCUUGGAACUCUGUUUUCAUGCCGAGGGCUGUGGCCUGCCAAAGGAUACCCUUCAUACUACCACAUUUAUGGCUCUGGAAAAAGAGUUGGACCUCUGUUCUUCCAGCAGCAAAAGACUUAUUCAGAAGUAUUUCAGUGCCCGAAUCCAGCAGCAGAUGGAGGCUAACCCUGACAAAUAUGGAGCUGUGACCAUUAAAGCCCUCUACCGCCAUUCAGAACAAAAGCUGCACAUUGAAGUACUCAAUGCUGUCAAUCUGCUUCCUCUAGACUCCAAUGGCUCAAGUGAUCCCUUCAUCCAACUCACUUUGGAGCCUCGGCAUGAGUUCCCUGAGGUCGUGGCACGGACAACUCAAUGCAUAAAAAACAAUCUCCACCCUCUCUUUGAUGAAGUUUUUGAAUUUUUGGUCCCUCCAGAAAAAUGCCAACAAGAUGGGUCAUGCCUGUUGCUCACAGUCUUCGAUUACGACACCUUAGGAGCCAAUGAUCUGGAGGGAGAAGCCUUCCUUCCCCUCUGUGGAGUUUUGGGACUGAACGACAUGGAAGAAACUAUCAAUCCCUCUGCAGUGCCCCAGACCCGACUGUCCUUGACCCAUCCUGGAACUGCUGGCAAUGAUAUUUUACAGAUUUUGGAGAUCCGAAAAGGUGACAAAGAAGCCCAGGCCUUUGUGAAACUCCGCAGGCAACGGACCAAGCAGUCAAAGGAAUCAGAAUGACAGUAGCCAAACAAGAGGGCAACAAGGCAGGGACUGGGUUGUGGUGCAGCAGGCCCUGUACCACCAAAGCAACAGCAAUUUGAAUUACAGAGACCAGCCAAUAGCCAUGAGAUUGUAGUAGACGUUUCUGCUGGUGGCUUUGAUGCUGUAGCAAUGUGAAGGUUUCGCCACUGAAGUUCUGCCAGCGGAGGCUGAUUAGCUCUGGCAAGGCAAAAGCCUCCCAGUUGUCUUUUGCCUUAAUGUUUAUUACUAUCUGGGAGGCAACUGGAAAGAGUUGUGUGGCCGCAUGGUGGCAACUCGGAAAACAUUUAAAUGCUGCUGAAGUCUCUCUGGCUGAGAAAAAUUGUGAGCAUGCAUACACACAGACACCUGGAAAGAGCCUGUUUGACUAGCAAUGCUUGUAAUGAGCCCCUUGUGGACUUCCUGCAGGAAAUUCCUCGCUCUCCAGAUGGCAUAGAAAUCAGGCUGCUUGCUAUUACUGGAUGCCAAACGGAGAGUGUGGAUAGGCUUUGCCAAGGAAGAGACAUGCCUGCUAAUCUCUGCUAGAAGGACUGGCAAUUCCUCCUGAUUAAGGAUCACUGACCUAAAGGGGAAUUAAAGGGAAGAGCAGCUGACAAGGCACUGACGUGGAACCCAUGACCUCACGUCUCCAUGAUAGCUGAUUAUUGCAAAGGCAGCACAGAUGCUGCUGAGGAGUGUAAAACCUUGCAGUUCAAUGUUGUAAGCAUUUUUUUUAAAAAAAAAACACACAAAACUUCUUAUAAAAACAAAGCUUCACUUCUUAUAUGUGUAAACUGUGCUCAGGUCUAAGGCAGGAAUAGAAGAGGUCUGGAUGUUGAAUUUUGAACAGUGGGACUUGCAGCAGGCUGCAUGAGCCCCAGAAAACCGGUGAUAUCAUUUCUGGGAGAUAGAGUGAGACAAAACAAGGCACAUGGGAACCUACACUUUGCUUUCAUAGGAUUUUUCCCCCAGUAGCAGGGGAACAUGUCAGCUGCAGGGGUCCCACCCUUGGUCUGAGGGACCCUUAAAGGACAAUCCAAACUUUCAAAAAUCUCAGAAUUCCCAUAGUAUUCUUGGCCUCCCCAUUAGGGAAUGCAUGCUUCCAUCGUAGUAUUCCCACAAUUUCUGUAAGCUUGGGUGUCAUUCCUUUCACUUUGCCUGGUACUGCUGCUUCUCAUGAUUGUAGUCUCCCAAAUAUCAGCACCAUUUAUUGGCAAGUGUUAACAUUCCUGUAGGGACUGGAAGGGUUUGUCCACUUGUCAAGGUAUUAAGUAUUGCUUCUCUGAUAAUUGGUUUUUCUCCAGGAACCUUUGUCAUGUAAUAGAAGGGAUUAAGUGAAGCUAAGAUAUGCUACUCCCAUCACAUUUUAGCAGCUAAAUGGUUAGAACCACAAGUGGAAAUGAAACCCAACCCAGAUCCAAAUUAUCUUAGAGAGGUGGCUUUUUGCAAGCAAAAUUAUUUAUUUUACAGUAGUGUAAUAGAUGUGAGUCAGGAAGGUACCGUCCUGAGAGUUUUCAAGUAUCUGAAAAGCAGAUUCCUCUCACAGAAGUACUCCCUCAAAGGUUUGUGUAGGGCCAUAUUAUUGUAUUGCAAUUCCGAUCACCCCACACAUAGCUCUGUUGGCCAAGACUGAUGGGAGAUACAAUCCAAUAUUAUUUAGUGAGGUUGCUUUAUAAGAACAUCUCUGUUCAAAUGGCCAGUUUACUUUUUUUACUGAAUGUAAAUAUUGAUAUAUUUGUUCUUGCAGGCUUUUUUAAAACCAUUUUCUCCUUAUUGUAAAAUGGCUGUCAAAAACUUGUUUCUGAAAAUUAUUUGGAUUUUGGAACUGUGUAGCAGUUUCUGUGCAUAAAACAAGUUUAUUGUACAAAAAGUAAGAUUUCCCAACACUUAAGAAAGUCUUCUAACCAUUUUUCAAAUGUUUUGAAUAUACUUUCUAUCCUAAUCUAAUAAUGCCCAUCAUGACAUUUGCAUAAGGUGAUGCACUCCGCCUAUCAUUUAUGAGCCAAUUGCAUAGCAUUAAUGAUCAAUCCUUAGUGGUGCACACUACUUACCUUUCUUUCAACUGUGAAAAUGGUAGUUAAUGCUUGUUUGUAUCUGAUACGUCCUGCAAUUAUGCCUUCAUAGGAGACAUCUUCCAGGGCUCCCAAAUUUGCCUUUGAGGGGAGCUUUUGGUGAUGGACAAUAUCAACAAUGAAAGUAUAUUUAAAAUGCGGGUGAAGAAAGAUUUUCCUGUGCAAAAGUCAUGCUGAGGUUGCCUUACCAAGGUUUUUUUCUUCUAUACAUUAAAUCAAUUCUGCUUAUUUUUCCUACCAUUUCAUCCUAAUCAAAUGUUACAAUAGUCCUGCAAUUCUCUUAACUCUUUGUGGAUAACUUCUGAAAGAAUACCGUUAACAUUGACUACUUGGCAAUCCUUUAGUGCAAAACCAAACUUUAAGAACAAAUUUCCUAAUUUUAUUAGACCAUCAAGAAUUUUACACCUGCUUUUUUCUAUUUAGUCAGUUUACCUUCAAACUCUAUCCUUUAUCACUUCUGUUUGACUCGGUUCUUCCUCUAAGGAGGACAAUUUGUCUAAAGGAGCCACACCACCACCCACUGAAAGGUAGAUUGAAUUAUUAUAUGAAUUGUUACCUCAGCCCUAGCAAGAUAGUAUCAUGGAAGCAAGAUAUUGAAAGCAUAUUUGCAUGGAAAAAAAUAUCUGUAGAUCAUAACAUGUGAUUGCCUCAUGUAAACAAAUUACAUGGUAGCCCCAUCCUAUGUCAAUUCCAUUGUAGUUUCUUCAUGUAUGAAAUGGUGUUCAUGCAGCUUAUUUAAGUCUCUCAUGGUCACCUCUUACCUCCUUUGAGAGGUCUGCCUCACAGUUCUGGAAUAGUUGAUCUACUCCAGUGGCACAGUAAGCAACCUGUCCAUUAAUACCAACAAGAAAGAUGCCUGCCUGGUCUAUCUCUCCCUGGUUUGACAGGAUCUCCCCAAACAGCUGUUUUAUAUGCUGUACUUACCAAUGUAGAAUGAAAGUUCCAGUAUCCAAUCACCUACUCUCAAAUAUUGAUGCUUUUGAGCAGUAGCUUCCUAGUCAAAGAACAGCUUAGGAUACACCAUGAUGCUAGUAGUAAAGAUAGGAGAUGGGAUUGGAUCAUCACAUGGACAAGAUUACACAAACAGGACAACUCAGACAGGUGGCAAACACAGAUAUCCUUAGGAAAAACAGUAUUCUACUCAAGGUUAGUUGCACUUAAGAUUCUAUUGAUCUCAAAAGAAGAGGUUACUCUACUUAAAGUUAGUUAUGACUUAACUAACUUCCAAUCUUGUUUUCAAUGAAUCUCUCAAAUCCAACUAAAACUCUGGACCAAGAUUAAACAUCAAUGAUAGAGGGCCUUCUGCUAAAGCCAGAUUUUUUCCCCCAAACAUACUGGAUGCAGGAUCUUGGGAAGCUAGUUAUGGUAGGAAUUAGUGAAAAUGGCCUCCUAAAAUCAUCUACAGUGUUUCUGGGAAAAUGAAAACUAUGGAUUUUCUCAAGUGCUUAUUCUUCAGGAUAAUGGGAAAACUCAAAUGACUUGGGUGGGAAUUUUUAAAAAGAGGAUUCACAGAAGUUUCUCCUCUGAUGAAUUGUUGCUCUUUUGGUGCACUACUUUCACCUAAGCAAGUUAAAGGGAAAACCAGGCAGAAACACAGAACAUUCAUUGUUUUAAAGAGAAAAACAACCUUUAUUGACUGUUUUUCCAUUUUUCUCACUUUCUUGACUAUUUAGCAUGUUUUAUAUUUUUAGUGUUCAAAUUCUUAAAGUAUAAAUUAAAAAAUAAAACCAUUUAUAUCCCA